GAAAAUCCGGCGGUGGGGUGACGUCAUCAGUGUGCGCCGAACACACCGAGCAGCGGCGAGAACCGGAGAGGAUGAAGAGGCGGGUGACUUUCCUGGAGGAGGAGGAGGGGGAAGAUGAGGGGCGGAGCUCCGCCAAGAAGACGUACCCGGAGGCGGUGGGGGGUCCCGGCAGCAGAUUUAAGGGAAAACAUUCUUUGGACAGCGAUGAGGAGGAUGAAGAGGAAGACCCCAGAGAUUCAGCCAAAUACAACAUGUUGGCCCCAGAGGACGUGGAAGGCCAGGAGAGCGCCACCCUGGAUUCGGAGGGGGGAGUGCAGAUCACACCCUUCAACCUAAAGGAAGAGAUGGAGGAGGGGCACUUUGACUCCGAGGGCAAUUAUUUCCUGAAUAAAGAGGCCCAGAUCCGAGACCACUGGCUGGACAACAUUGAUUGGGUUCAGAUUAAGGAACGCGCGGCGCCCCCUCCCGGCUCUGGGGAGGAGGAGGGUUCAGACAAUGAUGAGGGUCGGGCUCCCCUAGAGAUGAAGACGUUAUUGGAGGAGAUCUUGAAGUUUUUGUUGCCGGGGGAGACGGUGGCGAAGGGUAUCCGGCGUUUAGGAGGCGACAGGAAGAGGCCCCAGAAAGUGCGGCGAGGACGAGGAGGAAGAAGAGGCGGAUCGGAGUCUCGGGGCAUUAAAGCUCCAUCACCGGCGGGAGGAGAAGAGGAGGGGAUGGAGGGGGAGGAGAAGGACGCACCCAUGGAUCAAAGCGACAUCCAGCAACAGGAGCAGGAGGAUGUGGAGAGAAAGGAGGCGGAGAGGAAGGCGAUGGCGGAGAGGAAGGCGGCAGAGAGGAAGGAGGCGGAGGAGGCGGAGCCUCUGAAUCAGCUCAUUUCUCUGGCUGACCAGAUGGUGGCGCUGGGAGUGUAUGAAGUGUAUCAGGACACGUAUGAGAAGCUGGCCUUCCGAUUACGAGGAAUGACUGCCGCGCCCUCCCUGGACAUGUUCGCUGACGAGGUGACCGAGGAGAAGCUGGAGAAGAAGGAAGAGUCGCCGGUUAUAGACGAAGUUCUGUGGGAAUACAGAUGGGAGAACAAGGACAGCGCCGAGCUGUACGGACCCUUCACCAGCACACAGAUGCAGGAAUGGGUGGACCAGGGAUACUUCUCGGAUGGAGUCUACUGCCGGCGGAUCACCGGUGGGCAGUUCUACAACUCUCAUCGGAUAGACUUCGACCUGUAUGUGUGAGGAACGUCGCCGCCGCGCUGCGGAUUUAUAUCUCGCUUCAUCGGUGCCCCUGGUGGCAGGACUGUAUGUGAGCUCCCCCUCGAUCUUCCCAGAAGCCUUUGCUGUCUGACUAAGACCUCCUAUCCAGAGACUCCAUAUGUGAUGUGGUGGGGAGAGACGGACUUCGGUGUGUGUCUCUGACAAGAUGUUUGUAAUAAAACUUUCAUUGAACUUUUA